CGCGCAGAACCCGAAUCCGUCGAGCCUCCCACCCGCGAUACCCGAUCCAAGGAUGGCAGCAUCGACGUCCAGCGCCGGCGAGGCCGUCACCAUGAGGCUUGCGAACGGGAAGACGAUCAGCUGGCCGGCGACGGUGGCCGGGAAGAUCGAGGAAGGGCUGUACAAGGUGUGGUUGUUGGAACGCGCGGCGGAGGCCACGGACGGCGACCUGAAUUUGCUGGAGAAACAGGUGGCGGCCAUGACGGCGGAGGUGGGAUUUGAGCUGCAACUCGACGAUUACUGCUACGACCUCGAGCACAUGCGCAUGGCGUGCCAGGAGUUCCGCUUCCGCUCGUUCUCCGAGGCGGAGGAACGGUCCCUCGGCCAGAUCCGCGACCUUGCCUCUUCCGCCAUAGAAGACUACAAAACCCGCGUCGGCCCCGUCCCUGCCUACGACAAUCCCAUCAGCCUGUUCAGCGACACCAUCCCCUUAGAGCUCCCUGAAUCUUUGGCCAUGGCGAUAGCACUUCCUUCAGCUUCUCACCACAAGCCUGCUGGUUAGCUGGACAACGGAGGAGGGGCGAUAUUUUUUCCCCUUCAUCUCGGUGUUACCCAAGUUGACAAUCAUGGUUUUGGGGAAUUGAGCCUAUCGUAAGCAUGUCUGUUGUUUGACUGGGAGUGAUUUAGAUUUGGAGCUGUGAGAUUGUUAGUACGGAUGUAGUUAUGAGCAUAUCUGAUCUAUGCAAACAUGUGGAUUAUGAAUUGUGAUGUAUUUCCUUCGUUCCAUGAUCCUUGUCUCAAAUUUG